AUGAAUAGCUUGAAGGCGUUUAAGGAGCCAUUCGAUAGAAUCAUCUCUGAACCAGUGGAGGACACAGAUACUAGUAGCUUCAUGGCAGAAAUGUCCUUGAAGUCCAACUAUCCAGUCCAAGUCACAGAACCUCAAGAUACAGUGACACUGCAGCUGAGGUCCAUGCCACCUGGCUACCUCACACCUCUCUCAGACAGAAUAAGACAGCCAGUGGAAGAUGGUGUAGAGUGCAUCUGCACAGGCUCCAUUUCACCAGACUUCCCCAAGGAGCUGCAGUUCUUGAAAAACCAAUGUGAGAAGUGCUGCUGCUCAGCUCCACCUCCAAAGAUCAGUGACCUAAUGGAUGACAACGACUUGCUUGACUUACUGCGUCUUAAACUGGACCCAAAUCAUUGCACUGUCAAGAACUGGAAGAACUUUGCGAGCCGUUGGGGUAUGAGCUAUGAUGAGCUGACUCUGCUGGAGCACCGGACCCAGGGCUCAAUGUGCCACAGCCCCACACAAGAGUUCCUGCUGCGUAACAACCACAAGACCGUCACUGAGCUCACCGAACUUUGCCGGGUCUACCAGCGCAUUGAUGUGCUGCGGCUUCUGCAACGCUGGAUGGAGAACGACUGGCCCUCACGUUGGCAAAAUGCUCAUUAAUCACAUAUCCCCAACCACCCAAAUUAUACAUUUUACAUUUUGCUAUCCACUUUAUUGAAUUAGCAAUGACAACAGGAACUUGGACCAUUUGUUAUCAGAAGCCUAUUUAUUUAACAACCAGUGGUUCCUGGAUUUUAGAUGAUUUGGUGUGCAAAAGACAACUGGAUCACAUGUUAUGACUCCUGCGGAGUUGAGGA